GCGGGACUUUGGCAGUGCUGAAGAUGUUCCCAGUAACGUGCAGCCAUCGUCUUUGGCGGACUGGGCUUUGGAGGAGAAUGUGCCUGAGCUGGCAGGUGCCGAGCAGGCAGCACGUUGAGCAGAUGCACGUCCGAGUCGGAGACCGUGCAGAACUCAGCAGGGCCUUCACGCAGAGGGACGUGGCUGCCUUCUCAGAAUUAACAGGGGAUGUCAAUCCUUUGCACUUAAAUGAAGAGUUUGCAAAACACACCAAGUUUGGAAAGACAAUUGUACAUGGAGUUUUGAUCAAUGGACUUAUUUCAGCUCUCCUGGGAACUAAAAUGCCAGGGCCAGGCUGUGUUUUACUUUCACAGGAAAUUAGCUUUCCAGCCCCCUUAUAUGUUGGAGAAGUGGUUUCAGCUUCCGCAGAAGUGAGAAAGUUGAAGCGGUUCAUUGCUGUUAUUGCAGUGUCGUGUUUUGUAAUACAAAGUAAAAAGACCGUCAUGGAAGGCUUGGUUAAAGUUAUGGUCCCAGAAACUCCCAAAUGCUGAGAUGUGUGUAAAGAUGCACAUUCAGGUGCAGUGGUACUGUUAGUGAGGAGCCUCUGAACAAAAUAGAUUUUGCUGCUCUUCAUUGAGGGAUGGCUUUUAGACCCAGAAGCCUGAAUUGGGGGUGGGGACCAGGGAAAGGGGUGUUCAGAGGUCCACUGUCCAAUCCAGCCUUUAUG